AACACUAAAAACGUACCAAGUGCAAGCAAUUUCUUUCUUGUGAAAAAAGGACAAAAUAAUAAUUAUUUUAAGAAAGAAUACUUGUUGUUACUAAACAUAAAAAUGCUGCGGUCUUUGGGAAAUGUGAAAGUUUCGAAACAAAUCGGAGUAGUAUUAAAAAAAUACAAUCGUUUAAGUGCCGGUAUGUCAACUACUGUGCAAAGUGAUGUUAAAGAAAAAUACGGCCUUUAUAGACAGCUUUACACUAAAAUAUUGAGUUGCGGUCCCAUAAGUAUCGCUGAUUAUAUGAAGGAAGUUUUGACGAAUCCGAUCGACGGAUAUUAUAUGAAAAAUGAUGUUUUUGGACAAAAAGGGGAUUUUAUUACUUCACCAGAAAUUAGUCAACUGUUUGGAGAGAUGAUAGCUGUUUGGAUACUACACGAAUAUUCAAAGAUAUCUAAUCAGCCUUUCCAACUUGUAGAAUUAGGACCAGGUAGAGGCACAUUAUCCAGCGAUAUUCUUAGGAUUUUUAGACGAUUUCGUUGCACUGAGAAGGUUUCACUCCAUUUAGUGGAAAUCAGUCCGAUUCUUUCGGCAAUUCAAGCCAAAAAAUUAUGCAUAUCCUCGGAAGAAGUAACACCCGAAAUAAAUUCGAGAGAAAGAAAUGCCAUUGGUCAUUAUAGACACGGUGUUACAGAAGACGGUGUUAAAGUUUUCUGGUAUUAUUCUGUUAAAGAUGUACCAAGAGGAUUCAGUAUAUUUAUCGCACAUGAAUUCUUUGAUGCUUUACCGAUUCACAAAUUUCAGAAAACGAAUCAAGGAUGGUGCGAAGUUUUAGUAGAUAUUGAGCCAGGUGCAUCAAAUCAGAAAAAAUUUCGAUACGUUCUGACAAAAACACCAAACUUGGCAAGCAGAACAUACAUACCAGAAGCCGAAAUAAGAAAUCACGUUGAAGUGAGUCCACAAACAAUGGUGAUAGUUGAUACAAUUUCUACCUUCUUAAUAGAAAAUGGAGGAUUUGGAUUAAUAAUCGAUUAUGGUCAUAAUGGUGAAAAAACGGACACAUUUCGUUCUUUCCGAGAUCAUAAACAACACGAUCCGCUUCUGGAUCCAGGCUCAGCAGAUUUAACAGCUGACGUCGACUUUUCACUGAUAAAACGAACAGUUACCAAAAAUAAUAGACUGAUCACUUUUGGUCCCGUUAAUCAAGGAGAUUUUCUUAAACAAUUAGGCAUAGAUGUGAGAUUAGAAUCACUUUUAAAAAAUGCACCUGAAGCUCAAAAAGAACAAAUACAAUCUGGGUAUUAUAAAAUUGUAGAUGCAAAUGAAAUGGGAUCGUUGUUUAAAGUAUUUUCUAUGUUUCCGGCAGUGUUAAAAGAUCAUUUGAAAAAGUGGCCGGUUUCUGGUUUUCAUAGUGUUUAAUAAAAACUUUACUGUACAGAA